CAUAGUAUCCUGGACUAGUACUGGAAGAUCAUGUUAAAGCCCUGUAGGUACUUUGGCUUUGAUGAGAUUAUUAUUCAGAGCACUACAUUUUAAAAUGAUAUGGUAAUUCUAAAAUCAACAAAACUUUUGGUUGUGUUUGAAUAACAGAGUAGUAGGUUCUGUCUGAUUUAUGAAGUAUUUUAUUUCCAAGGUAUAUCAGCUGUAUAUGUGUGUGCCAUCUAGCAGUCUUGCACAAACAAGUACAAAACGUUCAAACAAAAACACUCUUCCUCUAUAACCUUAAAGGUUCUUUGAUAUACAGAAGUUAAAAAAAAAAAAAGACUUCUUUGAUUAAAUUAUGACCCAACAGGACUACGCCUUGUUCAACCACACAGUUAAAGUCCUGGUCCCAAAAUUAAGUGCAAAGGAGUAUGACCUAAAGCAGUGCUCUCCACAGCCAAAACACAAACCACUACACAUAAGUUCUCCAACAGCAGCUGUGGAGUUGGUUAAUUGGAAUGGUCUUGAUGCCGAAAAAGCCUCUACCAGCAUUGCAGUCCAAGAGUACAAGCUAUAACAGUGGGCAUGACACAUAAUGACUCUAUAACACUUUGAAAUGGGGCUUCCUUAUAGGCUUCAGUAGUAUUAGUAAUACUGCACUAAAGUAGUUCAGCCAAAAAUGAAACUUCAAGCAGGAUCUCAAGAAAAUUAUGUCACUGUAGCAACAUUUUUGCAAAAUGAUAUUACGUGGCUCCUUACACGUAUCGUGGCAGUUCCGAGGUGAAGUGUCCACUGAGCUGCGCUAAAAGCGAGUAACAUUUUCUCUCAAACAAAUGAGGUUUUUAAUGUUAAUACUCUAUCGGGUUUUAAAUCAACAAAACCUACCUCCCUACCUUAAACCUAACCAACAGUGUCAUAAAAAGCAAAUGUGACAUGGAACGCAAUUGCUGUAGCAACCGCAACAUUUUGUGGUGCUUCUCUGACACUUUUGGCUCACGUCAACUCACAUGUUCUUCCGGACUCGAACCCUGGUCUUUUGCAUCACAAGUGCAAUGCUCUAUUAGUGGAGCUACUGUGCAAUUUGAUCACAAGUGAUCAUGCUUUUAAAUGUAGUUGGUUAUGUAAUGCAAAAGUUAUGUUUUGCCUUACAUUUCAUGCACUAUAGUAAAAGUAUUUAGAUGUCAUAAGGCUUAAGUGUUUCUGAACAGAUAAACUGCUCUUUUACUCAUGAUUUCAGUGAAAGGGAAUAAAAUACAUGUUUUAGCAUCUCCAAUUUUAAUUUCACCAGGAAACUGCUGUGAUACGUACAAGAUGAGUAAACGAUGGCAGAAUUCUCAAUUUUAGGUGAACUAAAGUAUCCCCUUAAGACUUGGUGUUGUAAAUACAUAGGACAAUCUUAAAGAGAUCUAUAGGCCCAUCUAAAAUAUAGAUAGUAUCCUGGAAUAGUACUGGAAGAUCACGCUAAAACCCUGUAGGUACUCUGGCUUUGAUGAGAUUACUAUUCAGAGCACUAGAUUUUAAAAUGAUCUGGUAAUUCUAAAAUAAACAAAACUUUUGAUUGUGUUUGAAUAACAGAGUAUUAGGUUCUGUUUGAUUUAUGAAGUAUUUCAUUUCCAAGGUAUAUCAGCUGUAUAUGUGUGCGCCAUCUAGCAGUCUUGCACAAACCUAGAAUCUCUUUGUAUAAAACGUUCAAACACAAACACAUCUUUAUCUUUACAAAGAUCAUAGAGGUUCUAAAAUUUUGAUGUGAAUUGCAGACUCUUCCUCUGUGACCUUAAAGGUUAUUUGAUAUCCAAAGAAGUAAAAAAAGACCUCCUUGAUUAAAUUAUGACCCAAACCCUUGACCUACAUAAGAGGCUAUGGAUCAAUUAUAAUGAUCAACAGUGACUUUAACCUGACCAAACUAUGGUCAGUCAGUCUCUUUUGAAUCAGUUGAGGAAGUCCAGAGCAUUGUUCCACCUUGUUCUGCACAGUGGUUAACCUUUCUUUACAAACAACUAAUAAAAUCUUUUUGAAACAAGGGCACCAGUAGACAUUUUCAAUGUUUACAUAGCAUGCAACAGUUCCCGAAGGACAAUUUAACUGGUGAUAUCGAAAACGUUUUGCCAACAAUGGCAAUAAAUGAUCAUUUUGUUCUUGAAUUACCAUGUAUAGUUUAUUCCUACAGAAAAACCCACCCUCUUGAGACCUAGCAAGCUUUUUUUUACUUCAUUAUACUGUUUAGUGCAGGGUUUUUUUUUUUUUUUGAGAAAAAAUAUAUUAUUGGGUAGUUGAUGCAUAAAUUCACGAGGUUAUUUGUUAUUUUAUUUUUUUACUCAAAAUCAAGACUGCAGUGUGGGAAAUUAACAAUUUUUAUAAGUACAAAUAUUGCCCUUGUAGUCUCAAUUAAUAUGAAAACACAUCUAAUAAUAAAUAAAACCACAUACAUAAGAAUCAUAAUUAGCUAAAUGCUUUUUAAAUUGCGAGGAAUAGGGCAUGCACUGUAAAUGUUAUAAAAUUAUUUGUCAGCUAUGCUGUUAUAACAUUUCAAACUUGUUAAAUCAUACAUUAAUGUGAUCAUAUUGGCCACAUCCCCAAACAUUUGGCAUCACAGGCAAGCCCAGGAUGGUUUCCCUUGAAAUACACCAGGACUUAAAACAGUGGCAUUUAUGGUCCAAGACAUAUAUAUAUAUAUAUAAAAAAAAAAAAAAAAAAAAAAAAAACAUAUGUUCACUAGAGUGAAUAAAACUGAAUUACUUAAUCUUGAGAGCUUUAUCCUCGGAAAGUGAAGUCUCCAGCCCUCCACCUUGUGGUUGGAUGCAGUGCUAUCCAAGCAUCGCCUCAAAUUAGGCUGAAAGGUAAACAGAGGACAGACAGCUCACACACCACGUUUCGCCUAUAAAUAGACUAUAUUAUUUAUAGAAUUGAACAAGAAAGUAACUAAAAUAAGCUCACUGAAACAGCUUCACAAAUAAAACUAUAGCACGGCUCAUUACUUAUGAUAAGUAAUCAAUGUGUGACACGCAGCAGCCGGGAAAGGCAAAGGCCUUUACUGGUGGGUUUUCAUUGGACCACUUAUAAAGAGAAGGGGGAAACAUUCCCCUGAUUGAACAAUAAAUGAUCAUUAAUUUCUUUCACAAUGGACUUGUAUAAGUGAUUCAGAAGAAUACAAUGCAUGGUCAUUAUACAGAAUUAAAUGCUGAAGAUAAACAAAGUCUUAGAAAAAUGUGUUCAAGUUUGUGCUAUUACUGGAAAAUGUAUUAUUUAUAGUUACAUGUUUAUAUUAUUGUUGAUUAUUUUUCAUAAUGACCAGAUGAACCUGAAAAAAAAAAAUCCAUACAUAAAAAAAUCCUCAAUACAUGGCCAAGGGUGUAACUAAAUAUUCAAUAUUGGCAGGGUGACCAUAUGUUAAUGUUUAAAGGGAUAGUUGACUUAAAAAAAAAAAAAAAAGAAAAAAGAGAGAGAGAGAGAGUGAUGUAAAUCUCAGUCACCAUUUACUUGUAUUGCAUCUUCUUUCCGUAAAAUGAAAGUGAAUGGUGACUGAGGCUAACGUUCUGCUUAACACCGUCUUUUGUGUCCGACGUAUACAAGAAAGUAAUACAGGUUUAGAACAACAUAAAGGUGAGCACAUGAUGACAGAUUUUUCAUUUUUGAGUGAACUAUCCCUUUAAUGCAUUGUAACUAUCAAUCAGUCAGUCAACAAAACACGUAAACAUGAAGUUACUCCAACAUAAUAAGCAAAUUUUUGAAGCUUUAUACAGCAUGUUAUACAAUGGGGUAAAAAAAAAAAAACCUGUAUGAAGAUAUAUUUAUAACGAUGUGUUUGGCUUUAAAUUCAUUAUUAUCAACAUGUAAAUGACACAUAUACCAUGUGAACUCAAUGAUAUGUUUGUUGUAAAAGGUAAAGUACGAUAUAAGCACGUACCAAACUGCAAAAACCUACGUCAAAUCGUGAAUUGCCCGUUUAUUUUCUUGUAAAUAAUUGAAAACUAGAAAGAUUUCUCAUAUUUUAAUCUCACCUGAGUUUCUCUCUUUCACUUGCUCUCCAGCCUGAGCAACAUAGCUUUAUCUGCGCGUCAAACUCAUCCUCUCACCGGAUUGGUCGGUUUCAAUGAGUGGGCGUGUCUAACCGGUACGUGUUAUUUAAAUGGCUUUGAAGCCUAGUGGAAAACAGCACACGAGUUUACCGCACGCUACAUACAAAGAGAAACGUGGAGAUUUCUGUUCUAAUCUUUGACUAUAUCAAGACCAUACGCGGAGAGAACAUCAAUGAGAAAAAUAUUGUGGAUAGUAAAACAAUUCGUGGGAUAUACAUAUGAGAACCGUUUCUUCAUUUACAAAUGACUUGAACAUUUGAUUGAUGAAACCACCAGAGCAGAUGAAAAGGAAGUGACCACCCCAUCUCUGGGCCUUCAGACCUUUUUGUCAAUCAAAAGGUCCAACUGGAGCAACGAGACGCCACCUGCGUCUGGCUCUGAACAACCCCACCAUUUCCUGCUUGUGUUGGUUCCCGUGAGUGUUUCAAAACUGUUUCUCCAACGCUUUUUCCAGAAACUCAGACUGUUUUCCAAAGCAGAAACAGCACAGACCUCCCAGACUGAGGUGAUGGGAAGUGUGCGGGCCAACCGCUACAGCAUUGUGUCAUCAGAGGAGGACGGCAUGAAGUUGGCCACUGCUGCGGUGCCAAAUGGGUACGGUAACGGGAAGAGCAAGGUGCACACCCGUCACCAGACCCAGAGCAGGUUCGUCAAGAAAGAUGGACACUGCAAUGUGCAAUUCAUCAACGUCAGCGAGAAAAGCCAGCGCUACCUGGCUGACAUCUUCACCACGUGCGUGGACAUUCGCUGGAGAUGGAUGUUUGUCAUCUUCUGCUUGGCCUUCCUGCUGUCGUGGCUAUUUUUUGGAUGUAUCUUCUGGCUGGUCGCCAUAUUCCAUGGAGAUCUGGAAAAUGGAAGUCCGAAGUGCGUUUCGAACGUAGGAACUUUCACGGCUGCGUUUCUCUUCUCCAUCGAAACGCAAACCACUAUCGGCUAUGGCUAUCGCUAUGUUACAGACGAGUGUCCCAUCGCUGUGUUCAUGGUGGUUUUUCAGAGCAUUGUAGGCUGCAUCAUUGAUGCCUUCAUCAUCGGUGCUGUUAUGGCAAAGAUGGCAAAGCCCAAGAAGAGGAAUGAGACGUUGGUCUUCAGCCACAACGCUACAGUGGCCAUGAGGGACAAUAAGCUAUGCCUGAUGUGGAGGGUGGGCAACUUGCGCAAGAGUCACCUAGUAGAGGCCCACGUUCGGGCUCAACUCCUUCGAUCUCGCACCACAGCUGAGGGCGAGUUCAUCCCUCUAGACCAAAUGGACAUUGAUGUGGGCUUUGACAGUGGCAUUGAUCGCAUCUUUCUGGUGUCACCCAUCACUAUUGUCCAUGAGAUCGAUGAGGACAGUCCUUUCUAUGACAUGAGUAAGCAAGAAAUGGAAAACUCUGACUUUGAAAUUGUAGUGAUUUUGGAGGGUAUGGUGGAGGCCACGGCCAUGACCACCCAGUGCCGUAGCUCCUACAUGGCCAGUGAGAUCCUGUGGGGUCACCGCUUUGAGCCUGUCCUCUUUGAGGAGAAAAACUAUUACAAAGUAGACUACUCUCGCUUUCACAAAACCUAUGAAGUGCCCAGCACCCCCCUGUGCAGUGCAAGGGACCUUGCUGAGAAAAAAUAUAUCCUGUCCACCUCAAAUUCUUUUUGCUAUGAGAAUGAGGUGGCAUUUUCAAACAAAGAGGACAAAGAGGAAGGGAACGGGGAUAGCCUGGGGCCUGUAGGAAUGAACACAGACACUUGCUCAGACUCUGAACACAGCCAGGCCACCAUUCCCUUAGAACCGCGGCCUCUGAGGCGAGAAUCCGAAAUAUGACUGUGCAAAAGUCAUGGAAAGGUUUAACAGACACCUCAUCAAACAGGCACUUUGAGCUGAACUGAGCCCUUCGGCAAUGCAGACUCAAGCUAACGGUACAGUUGCAAGGUGGAAUCGACCGAAAAAAACUGUACAAGAGUGUUCUUAAGAAUAUGCAUGGUUAAAUAAAACAGCAUAGAGGCACUGCACAGCUAAUGAAGAAUGCACAUCAAGGGGAAGAGAGGGUUAUCCAAUUAGGCUACCUUUUAGACCAUUGCUUCUAAACGACAUGAAGCAGAAAGGAUGUAACUCAUAGGCAAAACUUGAAAAUGAGCAGGCAUGUGUCCCUGUGCAUUUGUCCGAAUGCGAUGCCAGAAUGAAUUCGAGCUUAGACACAUAUUUUAAAAAAUGUUAAGCCAUUCACGUAUUCUGCUACAAAAGCUGAUUUGAUGUCUGCAUUGAAAAUGUACAUGUACCCAGUUCUGUCCAUUUCAGUUGGGCAGUUUUAAUAGUAGCAAACAGGAAAAAUACACAAAUGCUUAAUAUUUACAAUAUGAAAAUCUGCAAAAUAGAAAAAAAAAAAAAACAUUAGAAUUUAAAAGCAAUAACUCGCCACCUUCUGCACAGAAGGACUACAAAUUAGAAAUGCACAGUGUUAGUCAAUGUCUUAAGUAUCAUGAAAAGGACAUAAAAGUCCUGUUUCUACUGUGUAGUAAAUUAUUCCAUCAUCCUCUUUAUUCCUUUUCUCUUUGAGUCUGCUUGACUUAGUCUGUGUCUGCAGUUUGCUUCAGGUUAUCUGAAGGCAUGUUUUAUGAAUCUGGGGAGAAAUGCACAGGAACAUGCCCGUUUAUUGCGGUAGAUCGGACAGGGUCUUUAGAUCAGUAUCAGAGUGAGACAUCACAGUCAUCGUGUCCGCAGGGGCAAAAAGAGUUAACGUGUUAAUGAAUGUCUUUUUACAAGUGCUGCUAAGUUGCAUAUUAUAUAGAGUUUUAAAUGAAAACCACAGAGUAUUCAAAAUUAUUUUUCAUAAAGAAUGGACGUGGGACAAUUGACAAGUCAAAACAUGGAGUAAAAUAUAUAGAUAUAUAUAUUUGUAAGUGAAAAUAAUUUUGUUUGCUUAUGCACAUGUAUGGUUUAUUUUACCAGAUAUUUUUUUUAUUCAAAGCCAAAUGUGUAGGACAAAGACAGAAUAACAAAGCCCACUGAAAAUAAGACGGCUACAGGUUAGCCUACCUUAUUUUCAAACCACUGAACCCUUGUUUUCUUCCCAUAUUUUCAGUGUUACUGUAGUUUAGUGCUACAUAAGUGUUUGGGUUGGAAAAUGUUGCUAGGAAACCUUUAAAUUUAAGGUUAUGUUUGCAUGGAUUACAUACUGUAUAUUUUCAUUUUCAAACUGUGUGUGUAUAAUGGUCAAAUGGUUUGGGUUUAUAGACAUUUUGUUUUAUUUAAAAGAAGGACAGAAAGCAGUCCACUCUCCCUUCAGACUCUAAACCUCUCUAAUUAUUCAUUAUUUCCCAAUCAAAUCUAACCUCUUGUCUUGCCUGGCAAACUGCAAUACAACCCAAAUGACUCAUUUGGCAGGUGUACCAAGGACUAGGUAAUUAGACUGAGAUCGUGGUACUGUGAUCCAGUGACAAUCAGAACACAGAAUCUGAGCUCAGCACCGCACUUGCACACAAAAUGUGCACUUGAGAUUCCACAUCACACUUGAUUGAGAUGUCAAACCUCUCUUUUCACCUCUCUUUUUUUUUUUUAAAUACCUGAAGUAAUGCAAAACGGCCAUUAGAGCACAUUCUCCAGAAAGCUCUAUAAAAGGAGACAAUACAUUUAGUUUUUGUUUUUUGAAUACUGCACACUAUACGACUGUGUUAAGCAUAAAAAAAAUAAAAUUAAAUAAAAAAAAAAAAAAAGAGUAUAAAUUGCUUUUAAUAUUGUUUCAUCUAUAGCUUUUUUUUUUUUUUUUUUUUUUUUUUUUUUUUGGCAUGUGGUUUUUCAAGAGACACUUGAUGAACAGCCAAAUAUUCAGUAAGCCUGUUGUGUACUGGGCAACUAUUGGCUAAUGGGGAGGAAUUGCUCUUUAUAAUGACUAACGGUCUAGGCAGCAUUUCAUUCUCUUUGUUGUAAAUAUCUCCAUACUUUAUGCAGUUGUUUUGUAUCAGUCUUCCCUAUUGUACUGAAGAAAAACAAAACAAUGGAAUGUACAGAUUUUUAUAUUAUGAUUAAUAUUAUUGUUGUUCAUAUUAUAAUAAUAAUAAUUAUUAUUAUUAUUAUUAUUGUAAUUAUAAUUGCACAUGCUAUUUUAUUUCAUUUUUUCAAUAAAACAAGAUU